AUGUCAACAUCUCAAGCAAUAGAGUUAGCCACACUCACGAUCCGUCAUCCUCAUCAUUCAGACCCAGAAUUACAAGAAGGACCAAGUCAACCUCGAAUACCACCAGAAAACGAAUCCUCUGUAUCCAAAAAAAGAUCAAAUGUUGAUGAAAAAACCUAUCAACUUCAUGGACAUGAAGACCCAGCGAAUUAUCCCGAUGGAGGAUUUAAAGCGUACUCAGUAAUCUUUGGUUCAUUUUUAGGUUUGAUUGUAAAUUUAGGACUUAUAAAUUCAAUUGGGGCAAUUCAAGCAUAUGUAUCAACCCAUCAAUUGGUUGAUAUGAAAGCCACAUCAAUUUCAUGGAUUUUUUCAAUUUAUUUAUCUUUAGCAUAUGCUGGUGGAGUUGUCACUGGACCAAUAUUUGAUAGAAAAGGUCCAUUGAGUAUUUUAAUUUUGUCAACUAUAUUUAUAUUUGCUGGAUUAAUGGGUGCUGCAAAUAGUACUAAUAUAUGGCAAUUUAUAUUAAGUUUUAUAAGUCUUGGGAUUGGGAAUGGAAUGGGGAUGACUCCAUUGAUUGGUGUUAUUAGUCAUUGGUUUUUGAAAAAAAGAGGUAAUUGUACUGGAUUAGCCACAAGUGGUGGAUCAGUAGGGGGAUUAAUUUUCCCACUUAUGCUUAGACAUGCAUAUAGUCAAUAUGGAUAUGUAUGGGCCAUUAGAAUAUUAGCAUUUAUUUGUUUAGGAUUAAUGAUUUUAUCAAUUUUAUUAGUUAAAGAAAGAUUUUCAAGUGAGAAGGACAACAAGAGUGAUAGCGAAGAAGAAGAGGUGGAAGUGGAAGUAGAACAUCAAUUUAAUAAUAAAUGGCAACAAUUUAUCACUAAAUUUGCAGCCAAAAUGAAGCUUGCAGAUUCAAAAUAUAUUCUUGUUGUAUUUGGAACAUUCUUUUCAGAAUUGUCAUUAAUAUUAUUAUUAACAUAUUUUGCCACUUAUGCCAUGGCACAAGGGGCAUCGGAAUCUUCCUCAUAUAUAUUGUUAACCGUAUGGAAUGGUGCCGGUAUAUUAGGUAGAUGGAUUCCAGGAUAUAUAUCUGAUUAUAUGGGAAGAUUCAAUAUUAAUAUAUUAAUGUUAAUUGGAUAUAAUUUCUGUAUUCUUGUAUUAUUAUAUCCAUUUGCAGGAUCUAACAUACGAGUAUUAUACGCGUUUGCAAUUCUUGGUGGUUAUUGUCUGGGAUCAAUUUUAAGUCUUGUUCCUGCAUGUUUAUCCCAAAUUACUCCUGUCAAUGAAAUUGGGACAAAAUAUGGGAUUUUAAAUUUUGUAUUAUCCUUGGCUAAUUUAUUUGGUAUACCAAUUGCUGCAUCAAUUAUUAAACAUGGUACAACCCAAGAAUAUAAUCAUUUUAUUAUAUUGGUUGGAUGUUUAGCAGUAACUGGUACAAUAUUUUGGUAUCUGAGUAGAGUUGCAAUUGUUGGAUUCAAAAUGAAUGUUAAAGUUUAA